CGCACAAGAAACAACCCGUCAUUUCCAGUAUUCUUCAAAAGGUGAUCCUCGCGUCAGAACUGGCCUGGCAAAACUGUGCUAUACUCAUCUUCCUAUUGUACACUCUUGCUACUCAUCUCGAUCCUUGUCAUCUUGCGAUACUCAACCCCAAUACUCCUUGCACGCCAUCAUCAACUCAGCUCCUCUAUCUCUUUUUCAAUAUGUGCAACGGCCACUCAACACGCGUCAGUCAGGGAGGCUCUAUAGCAGUCCUUCGACCAUCACCACAGACCAACCACCUGACGUCCGACGACGAAAUGCUUCUAUUCUUCACCAACCAGUUUGCCUAUCCAGGGACAAGUGUCGAGUUUCAAUGCUCAAAGGAGAGUUUUGAACAAGACAGGUGUUGGGUUGUUAUACAUCGAGACGGAGACCUUUCCGCAUCUUCGCAGCAAACACAGUCAAAUCCGUUGUACUCGUUUUCUCUAGACUCCGACUUUGAUUCUUCGAUGCAACUGCCCGAGAGGCUGGAUCUGGGCGUUGGUGAUGUCGGGAUCAUCGGGCGAAGAGUGUCUGUAAUGGCGAGCUCUACAAAAGGACCUUUGACUGUAGCCGAAGGUAUCAUCGGUUGGAAUUGAAGUUGUGGGGGAGGCGUCGGCAUAUCUAGGUGCGUUGUGGCGUUAUGGAUGGGCGGAUUA